AUUUUUGUCACCUGUAUCAUUCCUAAUAGUUCUCACCCCCUUUGACAUUUACCCUGCUUUCCUUCGAGUCAUCACUAUUAAGUAUCAGUUCCCUCUAUCCACAUUCUGACUUCCUCAUUCAGCUCCUUUAUGCGCCUCUGGCCUUGUGAUGCCUCGCCGUGGUUUUACUCUAUUGCUAGUCGGGCAACUUCCUCUUACGCUAAGUAGCGGCUCACCUUUCCAUAAACCUGGACCGGCGCUUUAUCCCUCGGAUUAUCCCUCGGGUCAUGGGACAUAGUGGUGGGCGCCGUCAUUACUGCCUUUGGGAGCAUUGCAACAAGGUCUUCAAUCGCAAAGCAGACCUGUGCAGGCACUACCGUAUACAUACCAAUGAACGGCCGUAUCACUGCACUGUCAAGGACUGCAAUAAAAGUUUCAUCCAGCGAAGUGCCUUGACGGUGCAUUCGCGGAUCCAUACAGGUGAAAAACCUCAUGUUUGUGAAGACAGAGAGUGCCGUAAAGCUUUCUCUGACUCAUCAAGUCUUGCCCGUCAUCGGAAAAUGCAUACUGGAAUUCGGCCAUAUAUCUGUCAGAAGUCGACAUGUAAACAAAUGUAAGGAUACAGUCAGUUAUGGCUCCGCUGAUUUUCUAACACUACGGAGGUUCCGCCGCAAGGCGACUUUGACCAAGCAUCAACAAAGGUCCCAUUCACAAACCAUAAUCCCAUCAUACUCAAGAAAUGCAUUUUCCAAAGAUUCUGAUCCAGGCCAAGUUCCUAUUCCCAUCUCGAAUGAACCGCAUCUCUCAAUUCAGCAUGCAAAAUACCCUUAUACACCGUCACCGAUUCUUGACUCUCACGCCGUCCAGAGCCUGUACGUAGCACCAGCUCCCGUACAAGAUCAAGCCCCGAUUGUGACGCAGCCCAU